AUGUCCUCUGAUCUUUCGGUACCCGAGACUCGGGUGCUCGCCAUCGCCAGCCAUGUUGUCUAUGGAUAUGUCGGUAAUAAGAUGGCGACGCUGGUCAUGCAGUCGCUGGGCUGUGACGUUGCCGCCCUGAACACAGUUCACUUCAGCAAUCAUACUGGGUACAGACAGUUCAAAGGCACAAGGUCAACCGCUGAAGAAAUCAGCGACCUGUACCAAGGUCUCACUCAGAGUCUUCUCACGGACUUUGACGUGAUGUUGUCUGGCUAUGCGCCCAGCGCCGCUGCUGUAGAGGCAGUAGGUGCCAUUGGUCUAGAUCUGCAGCGCAAGGCCGAAGCCAAGCCUGGCUCCUUCUUCUGGAUCUUGGAUCCCGUCAUGGGCGACCAGGGCCGAUUGUACGUCAACGACGAUGUAGUGCCUGCCUACAAGAAGAUCAUCCACCACGCUGAUCUAAUUCUUCCCAAUCAAUUUGAAGCCGAAGUCCUCUCAGGAAUCAAAAUCACCUCGCUCAGCACCCUCGCAGAAGCCAUCACCGUCAUCCACGCCACCUAUUCCGUCCCCCACGUCAUCAUCACCUCCGUCCAGCUCUCCAAACUCUCCCGGUCCUCCUCAACCCCAGCAACCCCACCAAACAGCCUAACCGUCAUCGGAUCCACCACCAAAACAGACGGCUCGCCACGCCUCUUCCGCGUCGACGUCCCCGCCCUGGACUGCUUCUUCAGCGGCACCGGCGACAUGUUCGCUGCGCUGACAGUCGCCCGGCUCCGAGAGGCAGUCUUCGCGGCGGGGCCUAGCCUCCGCAGCACCAAGUCGUGGGUCUCGCCGGACGACGUCCCGGCCACGGAACUGCCCCUCGCCAAGGCCACUGUCAAGGUGCUGGCGAGCAUGCACAGCGUGCUGGAGAAGACGCUGGAGGCACGGGAUGCGGAGCUGCGCGCUGCUGCCAUCGAGGACGAGAGUGCGGCGGGGCUGAGUGGCGAGGAGAAGGAGAAGCGCGAGUACCUGCGGCGGACGAAAGCGGCCGAGGUGCGGGUGGUGCGCAACGUCCAGUACCUGCGCGAUCCGGUGAUCGAGUUCCAGGCGCAGGAAUGGGAUAAGGCUGAUUUGCCGGCGCGGCUGCAAUAG